CACUCGACCGUUUAAAACAAUUCAAACCUUCGACUGUUUAAACAUACGAAUUUAUAUGCUGCGAUUUAAAGCAAUACACCCUCUCGAAAUCACGAUGCUGUCCUCAGCAAUGAUCUUAGUUUUAUUCAGCAUAUUGCUGCCAGCGCUUACGGCCCCGACGACAAAGCCAGAUGUGCCCGUGGCUACGGAAAAAGAGAAUGAAAACAAGGAAUUUAUUUUUCGUGUUGCGAAGACAGUAGCAAGCAAACUAUCAAGAGACGAUCCACCGUCAAAAAUUGAGAGUCUCGUGAAUGCAACGGCCACACAUCUAGCGAAAAAGAUGAACGCAAGUCUAGAGCAUGUCGACGAGUUUAAAACAAAUCUUUUAGCGGCAGUGGUUACGAUUAUUAACAACCGCGAAGUGAAAUAUGAGCAACAAGCGGACAGAUCUUUGCAUCCUGGACCCAAAAAUGUUGACCAAAGCAAAGUCGUGCAAGCUUUGGAAGAGCUACUAGAGGCACCGUUAAUAAGUGGUUUUAUUUCCCCAGAACAAGAGAAACAUAUGAUCAGAAGUGGCAUCGAGGCAUUGUCUGAAGACUUUGGGAUUUCUAAGCAGACAACAGAGGACAUAAUUGCAACUAUGAUAGAGCAUGUUCAGCAAGAUGUCAAGAGUUUUUCCAAGUCAACGAACAAAAACAACGCGGGCGAACCAAUGUCGGACAAGGACAAGAUCUUGGGACUGGAAAAAAUGGUGGAGGACAAAGUUACCAAAGACAAUUUGAAUCUCGAUGAGAUGAAAUAUCUCGUCAAAGGCUUGGCUGCCGCCGUCGGGUCGCGAAACAAGCUAUCCAAUGAGAAGACGAAACAACUCGAAGAGAGACUACAGGAUGGAGUCUACAAGUUCUUCGCAAAGAGCAAGAUUCCAGAAGAAAAGCCAUUGGAUGCAUUAAUAAACAAUAAGGAUGUUCCUGAAGGUUUUCGCAAAGCUCAAGAAAGCGAUAAAAGCGAUAAAAGAACGUUUGAAAUCGAAAAGAAAGAGAAAAAGGAUGACGACUUAUAUGCAUUAUUGAAUGAUCUUGAGAAAAAGUGGGAUGAAAAUAAAAAAUCUGGUGCCAAGAAAAGCUCAGAUGAAUCCAAAAAACAAAAGAAGUAUUUAAAAGAAAUAUUAUCGAAUUCACUGGCGUUAAUGGAGUCAUUAGACGAGGAGAAAAAGCAACAUCCCGUGACAGAGAAGACGACACAAGCCGAUGAGGAAAAGGAAGAGAAAGCAGCGAGAAAACACACCGAGACGCCGACAACCGCUCACACUGAGCCAACCAAAAAGGUUCCGACCACUGAGAAGCAUGAAGAACAUAAAACAAUAGCAACGCCAACAAAAAAUCACCAGGAUGAAUCACAUAGUACGAAGGAGCCAAUAGAAAAGAAGAAUUCAUUGUCACAUGACGAUAAUGAACCAAUAGAAAAGAAGAGCGGCAUAUCGGAUGAAAUGGAAAGACAAAUCGAAGAAGCUGAAGCGGAAAUUCAAAGGGAUAUAGAGAAACAGCAACGUGAAGAAGAAAAGAAGAUGAUGGAAUUGGACAAGGAGGAAGACGAGAAGGCGAAAGAAAAGAAAAAAGAGAAACCUAAGAAGCAAGAAAAGAGAUUGUUAAGCAAGGCGGAUAUUGAUGCUGGUGAGGAAGAGAUUAGGAAGGAUCUGGAGAAACAGAAAAAAGAAUUGAAACAACCAAAAGAAGCACCGGUGAGCAAGGAAGAGAUCGAUGCUGCUGAAAAAGAAAUUGAAAAAGAACUCGAAGAGCAGGCAAAAUCAUUACAAUUAAAAUCCAAGUUGACGACAACAACAAGACAUCCAAGAACAACGGAACAGAGCCGCUCCGAUGAACUAGUAAAACAACUGGAUGACUUAUUUCAAGAUAGCUGAGAUAUUUCAUUAUAAUGUAAAAAAGGUUUCAAAUCUAGAUUUUCAUAUAAUCUAGACAUAGACUAAUAACUAAAGUAUUAUAUUGCAAAUAGGAUAGAAGAAGAUAGUAUUUGAAUUUUAAAUUUUGGUUUAAAUUUUACGUAUUUCAACUAGUAUUAAAUUUAAAUUGUUGGAAUCAAUUCAAACGUUUGCAAUGUAUACGACAAAAUUAACUAUGGUAUGACUUGGGGAUUCAAAAACCUCAAGAACUUGACAAAUUUAAUCAAGAGGGUAGGUUAAACCAAUGCUCAAUAAAAAGCUAAACCAAUGACGCGGAAGUAAAUACAAAUGAGAUAUCAAGAUUUUUGGCUACUGGGAUAUUUAUAUUGGCAUAGUUUUCCUGGGCCCUUUGCUUGCUCCAUUAGUGAAGUAAACUGGGUCAAUGUCAUGGAUGGCAUCGUUCAUAUUGAAUUGACCCAGAGUUUUUGAAAAGUAGUAAUUCACCAGGGCUGCGUCCAAAUUGAGUUGAUGCCCAAAGUCAAAAUUAGUUCGUAAAACAUGCUGAGCGCAGUGCUUUUUUGAGUAUUACAGUAUUACUUCUGGAGGUAAUACCUGUUCUUGGACACCA